GUUGACACCGCUCUGUUUGACAUACGUGUUCAUUUUAAAGUGUAGUAUGUGGACAAAUUCCUUAUUUUGAAUAAUUUCUCAAAGUUCUUAGAGAAAAUGGUCAAAAUUUUAGCUCGUAUUAGCAUAUUUCAGUUAGUUUUCCUCGUCUGGGUCCAUGGCCAGCGCGCCCCGCCGGGAGUUUCCCCGCAACACUACCAGUCGCCCCCGCAACAACAAUACCAGCAAGUACACCAGCAGGUGCCCAUGCAACAUGUCCCGGUGCAGCACCAGCAACAGGUACCCAUGCAGCAUGUCCCGGUACAGCAAGUACCGGUGCAGCAGCAAGUCCCCAUGCAGCAUGUACCGGUGCAGCAACAACAAGUCCCGGUGCAGCAACAGCAAGUCCCCGUACAGCAAAUGCACCACCAUGGGCAACCUAACCAGAUCUUAAACGCCGCCAACAUCGCCCAUGAAAAAGAACACAUAGCCGAACACAUGGAAGUGCCUAUAGACACCAGUAAAAUGUCAGAACAGGAAUUGCAGUUCCAUUAUUUCAAAAUGCACGACGCAGACAAUAAUAACAAGCUGGAUGGUUGUGAACUAAUUAAAUCUUUGAUUCACUGGCAUGAGCAGGGAAGCAAGGAAAAAGCUGGGCAAAUAGAGGACAAAAUCUUCAAAGAUGAAGAGCUGGUCACUCUGAUUGACCCAAUUUUGAAUGUUGAUGACACAAAUCAUGAUGGUUAUAUAGAUUACCCUGAAUUUGUCAGGGCUCAACAGAAGGCUGCCGGUCAAGGCAAACCUUCUUCAUAAGACAGGGACAAAGGACCAGUCUCUAUACACAGUGAUGAAACUCUAGAACAAUUUGUGGAUCCCAUUUUACAAUUAAUGGAUAAAAAUUCUG